ACUGAGCGCCGGGCGCGUUCCGUUGGCGGCGGAUUCGAACGUUCGGACCGGGGUUUUUCUGCCUGAAGAAGCGUCAUACGGACCGGAUUGUUUUCGCUGGCCCAGUGUCCCCGGAGCUUGUGUGCGAUACAGAGAGCACCUCGGAAGCUGAGGCAGCUGGUACUUGACAGAGAGGAUGGCGCUGUCGACCAUAGUUUCCCAGAGGAAGCAGAUAAAGCGGAAGGCUCCCCGUGGCUUUCUAAAGCGAGUCUUCAAGCGAAAGAAGCCUCAACUUCGUCUGGAGAAAAGUGGUGACUUACUGGUGAGAUUCCAUCCCUUCUCGGGCUGGGAAUGGGUCACGGGAGAGGUCCAUCUGAACUGUUUACUGUUUGUUCAUCGAUUAGCAGAAGAGUCCAGGACAAACGCUUGUGCGAGUAAAUGUAGAGUCAUUAACAAGGAGCAUGUACUGGCCGCAGCAAAGGUAAUUCUAAAGAAGAGCAGAGGUUAGAAGUCAAAGAACAUAUUCUUGAAAGUUAUGAUGCAUUCUUUUGGGUGGUAACAGAUCAUAAAGACAUUUUUUACACAUCAAUUAAUAUGGGAUUAUUAAAUAUUGGCUAUAAGUGA